AACAAGCGAGUGAUAAAAACCAAAAACAAAAUUUAAAGCAGAUUGCAGAAGAGAAAAACGCUAAAGGCAUUUCGACCAGUCGUGGAGCAGAAGUUGCUGAACCAGAUAAGGUAUAAGAAAUUUGGAUUGAACAUUGAGUUGAAAGAGGGAAGAGUAUAGGGCGCAACAAUGUCGGUAACAGCAGGUGUUAGUGAUACUGUGAUUGCAGUCAGGGAUAAGCUCAGAGGUAAAAUUGGGCAAACAAAAGUUAAAAGGUAUUGGCCUGGAAAAGCUCCCGAGUGGGCAGAUGAUGCCGAUGAAGAUGGGGAUAUUAGGAUGUCCGCAGCUGCUUCAUUGGAGAAAGCUUUCCCCACUGACGAAUAUUCUGAUGUUGUUAGAAAAGAUGAUCCUAGACUGCGCCGUUUGGCUGAGAGCAGGAUAGAUAAUCGUGAGGAUGUUCGAGCUGAUCAUAGGCGUAUCCGGCAGGCUGAGAUUGUUUCAACAAUUGAAGAAGAAGCCAAGAGGCAGGAAGGGUUAGAAGCGGAGGAAGAUGACGCAGAUGCUUUGGAGGAAAGAAGAAGAAGGAUCAAGGAGAAGUUGCGUCAAAGGGAGCAAGAAGAAGCUCCACUCCUGUCGGAAGACGAGGAAGAAGUAAAGGAAGAGGAGGAAGAGGAGUCUGAGUAUGAUACUGACUCAGAAGAAGAGCUUACUGGUAUGGUUAUGCUGAAGCCUGUCUUUGUGCCCAAGGCAGAGAGAGAUACUAUUGCUGAACGUGAGCGACUUGAGGCUGAAGAACGAGCCCUUGAGGAAUCAAGGAAGAGGAAUUUGGAGGAAAGGAAGAGAGAGACAAAGCAGAUUGUGGUUGAGGAGAUUCGGAAGGACGAAGAGAUUCAGAAGGGUUUGGAACAGGAAGCAAAUAUUGCUGAUAUUGAUACUGAUGAUGAAGUAAACGAGGCAGAGGAGUAUGAAACUUGGAAGGCAAGAGAGAUUGCCAGGAUCAAGAGGGAUAGGGAGGACCGGGAAGCAAUGAUAAAGGAGAAGGAAGAGAUUGAAAGGGUUAGAAACAUGACAGAGGAAGAGAGGAGGGAGUGGGAGAGGAAGCAUCCGAAAGCUGCACCACGACCAAAGCAGAAGUGGAGAUUUAUGCAGAAAUAUUACCACAAGGGUGCUUUCUUCCAGUCAGAACCUGAUGACUAUGCUGCAACUGUUGGAACAGAUGGAAUUUACACACGUGAUUUCUCUUCCCCAACUGGGGAAGAUAAGAUGGACAAAACCAUAUUGCCCAAGGUCAUGCAGGUCAAACAUUUUGGUCGUAGUGGAAGGACGAAAUGGACGCAUCUUGUCAAUGAGGAUACCACUGAUUGGAACAAUCCAUGGACAUACAAUGAUCCUCUUCGAGCGAAGUAUAAUGCUAAAAUGGCAGGAAUGAACGCGCCUAUUGCAAAACCCAAAGGAAGCAAGAAAUUGAAGGAUUGGGAGUCUCGUUGAUUUUUGACUACUCAGUCAUGUGACUUGCUGCUCCGGGCACAGCCAUGUAAGAUUUCUGGUCCAUUAUGAUACUUCAGUAUGACUUGAGGUUAGAAUUAAAAUCAUAGAAUUCGAUCUGUAACUUUAACUUGAUCUCAUGUGCCAGGACUAUUUUUAUGUUCUUGACCACCUAACUUUUGUUCCUGGGUUGGUGAGUGAGCAAAUACAGUGAGGUGGGGGGUUUUUUCUUUUGGGAUUUUAGUGAACUACAA